AUGCAUAAGUCAGGUAAGAGAUAUUCUGAAACCGCUGCUAAGGUAGCUGCUGGUAGAGCUAGAAAGAGAAGACAAGCCUGGGAAAAGACCCAAGAAGAGAAAGCUAUGCUAGAAGUUCAAGAGGCUCAGAAAUGGGAACAAGGUGCUCGUACUCCAAACCAAAAGAGACUUGUUGCUGACCAAAAGGCUAGAGAUAAGAAGUCUGCAAAGCAAGAACGUGACGCUUUGCUCCGUGCUGAAGAAGAAGCUAUUGGUAAAGGAGGUAAGGGUCAAAAGAGAAGAGUUAUCUACUAA